AUGGUUUCCAGAGCCGCCGAUCGGCUACUGAUCGUCGUCUCGGUCCUGGAAGGGCGCUAUUUUCCAAAACGACCCAAGUACAUGCUCAUAGUUGAAGCAAAGUUUGAUGGUGAACAGUUGGCCACUGAUCCUGUAGAACAUACUGAUCAGCCAGAAUUUGCUACAGAACUGGCUUGGGAGCUUGAUAGGAAAGCACUUCAUCAGCACAGGCUGCAGCGUACGCCUAUCAAACUCCAGUGUUUUGCUUUGGAUCCUGUGUCUUCAGCUAAAGAGAAUAUAGGCUACAUUGUACUUGAUUUAAGGGCUGUGCAGGAAAAAACCCAGGCACCAAAGUGGUAUCCUCUUCUUAGUAACAAGUACACUAAAUUUAAAUCUGAAAUACAAGUAGGUGUUGUUUUGGAGACUGACUCAAAAGCACUGGUCGGUGGUUUUAAAGCAAAGGAGGCACCCCCUAGAGAAGGGAAAGCAUCUGCAUUUUCUGGACUAGACCCUAAAACUAUUGUGCCAGUCUUGAAUGAAGAAGAGGGUUGUCAUCAAAUUGGACCAGCAGAGCACUGCAAAGACUACUUUGUCUUGUCUGUAACCAUUGCAUUUGCCACACAGUUGGAACAGCUAGUUCCUAGUACAAUGAAGCUUCCUGUACAAAGGCCGGAGUUUUUUUUCUACUACUCAUUACUGGGAAAUGAUGUCACAAAUGAACCUUUCACUGAUUUAAUUAAUCCAAACUUUGAGCCAGAAAGAGCUUCAGUUCGAAUACGUAGUACAGCUGAUGUCCUUAAAAUGUAUCUUUGUGGACAGUCAAAGUUGCAGAUCCAUCUUUGCUGUGGGGACCAGUCUCUUGGAAGCACUGAAAUACCCUUGUCUCUACUUCUGAAGAAAGGAAAUGUGGAGAUUGAUCAACACCCUUUGGCAAUAGAAGGAGCAUUUGCCCUUGUUCCACCAAAUAGGGCUAAGCAGAAACUACCACAGUUGGCUUUGGAUAUGGCUCCUACUGUUGGCGUAUCUGUAACUCUACAAAAGGAGAGCUUGAGUACCCAGCCUUUAAUUCCCACAAAUGCUCCAAAUGAACCUAAACAGCCACAGGAGAAUGUUCAUUCGCUUAUUAAUGGAAAAACGGAGGGCCUGAAACAGAAAUCACAGAAUGUCCUAACUAAAGCUGACCACUCAUCUUUAGGAGAAGGUGAAGCAACAGAAAGUGAAGUGGAAAGUCUUAAGUUUGAAGAAGGCACAAAACUGAAGAAAAAGGGUCUCAUGGCUGAGUCUUGCCAAGAGGUCAACAAACAGUUUACUGAAGAGCUUCCAGUUUUCAAGUCUCAGACCCAAACAAAGUCACCUCUAUUGUCAGAUCUGCAAAAUUCCACUGACCCUAAUGGUCCAGUAGCAGCAUCUCAACCCAUCCCUGUGCAUGCAUCCAGUUCUUCUGAGCCUGUGUCAGCACAGAAAAUUGUCAUUCCUGCAGCCUCUCACCAUUUUUGCUUUUCAAUAGACUUAAGAAGUAUACGUGGUCUGGAAGUUGGUUUUCCAAUAAACUGUAUUUUAAGGUACUCAUAUCCAUUUUUUGGCAGUGCAGCCCCUAUUAUGACAAGCCCUCCUGUAGAAGUCAGAAAAAACAUGGAAGUCUUUCUUCCACAGUCCUAUUGUGCAUUUGACUUUGCAACUAUACCUCAUCAGCUUCAAGAUACAUUCUUCAGAUUACCUUUGCUGGUUGAACUGUGGCACAAGGAUAAAACAGCUAAAGACUUACUUCUAGGGGUGGCAAGACUUCAGCUUUCAAAUGUUUUGGCUUCAGAAAAAAUGCGGUUCUUGGGUGGUAAUGGUGAACAAUGCUGGCGUCAGACUUGCAAUGAAACAGUCAGUGUCACAGCAGCACAAGGGUCAGGCCACAGAGUAGCAGAGCUUUCCUAUGCAAUCACUUUGGAAGACUACGGGCUUGUGAAAAUACAAGAAGUUCUGGUGUCAGAUUCUUCUAAAUGUGUAGGUGCUGGUCAGCAACGGUACACUGCACACACUCAGCCUCGUGCCCCUGAAAAUCAUCCACAACCUCGAGAAACUCUUGAAUACAAAGCAGCACUGGAAUUGGAAAUGUGGAAGGAAAUGCAAGAGGACAUUUUUGAAAAUCAGCUUAAAGAGAAGGAAAUGGCCCAUAUGCAAGCACUUGCAGAAGAAUGGAAGAAAAGAGACAGAGAAAGAGAGGCAUUAGUGAAGAAAAAGGUAGCCGAAUAUACUGUUUUGGAAGAACAACUUCAGAAAACCCUGAGAGAUCUAGAUAAGCGAGAACGACAGCUUUUUAGCGCUGAAUCAGAGCUUCAAAGAGUAAAGAAGGAGUUGCAAGCAGAGCAUGAACGAAGUCUGCAGGAGCUACAGGAUUCUGUGCGGCGAGCCAGAGAGGAAUGUGCACACCACAUUGAGCUAGAAAGGUCAAAAAUCAAACAAGUGGAAGAAGACAAGCUUCGUUUACAGCAGCAGCUUUAUGAAGCAGAAAAUAAACAUAAAAAUUUGGAGAAGGAAUUCCAGCAGUACAAAGAACAGCAAAGCAGCAAACCAGAAAUCCAGCUGCAAUCUGAAAUAAAUCUCCUCACUUUAGAGAAGGUUGAACUUGAAAGAAAGUUAGAGUCAGCUACCAAGUCAAAGCUUCAUUACAAACAACAGUGGACACGGGCUUUGAAAGAACUUGCGAGAUUAAAACAGCGUGAACAAGAAAAUGCAAUGGCUCACCUUAAAAAGCAGCAACAAGAGCUGGAGCACAUGAGGUUGCGAUAUUUGGCAGCAGAAGAAAAAGAGCUGGGAAAAGCAGACCGACAAGAGCUGGAGGAUAUCAGAAAUGAACUUAACAGGCUAAAGCAACAAGAAGAAGAGAGAAAGCAAUUGCAAAAUGGUAGGGAUAAUUCUGCUGGUAGAGUGGACAGUCUUCAUUCUAAAAAACUAAAUGAGGGCAUGGAUGAUUAUCUUUCUCGUCUGAUAGAAGAGAGGGAUACCCUAUUGAGAACGGGAGUAUAUAAUCAUGAAGACCAUAUUGUAAGUGAACUGGAUCGUCAGAUCAGAGAAGCUAUUGCAAAAAGGAACAUCACUAAAUAA